UCUGUUUCCAAGGGGCGUUGCUCUGCCAGACCAGAGACCAGCAGCGGAAACUUCCCCGCGCGCAGCAACCCCCCCCCCCCGUUUCUCCGCAGUCGCGCCAUGCGCGCUCUCGCAACGCUCCCCCGGCCAGUCGCCGCUACCACCGCUACCACCGCCGCCGCCUCUCCCCGCGCCUUUUUCAGCGGAUUCCGCCCGAGCGUCGUGCUCCCGCGCGUCCCUUCCGCCAAGCCGCUGCGGCUGAGUGAGAGGCAGAGGGCGGAGCUGGGGAGAAGCGGCGCGGGCGGUCGGCACACUCGCGCGAUGGCCUCGGGGAGCGCGGCUGGGAGCGGCAGCGCGGCGGCGGCGUAUGCGGAUGAGGUGGUGGCGGCGGAGAAUGCGGUGCGACUAGCGUGCGCGCUGUGCGAGACGGUGCAGCGAGGGCUAAAGGCGGAGGAGUCAGCCAGCAAGUCCGAUGAGUCGCCCGUUACCAUUGCUGACUAUGGCUCGCAGGUGCUGGUGGCGUGGGCGCUGCAGCAGCACGGCCUGCCAGGGCCCUUCUCCAUGGUGGCGGAAGAGGACUCGUCGCAGCUGACCACACCUGGUGGGCGCAGCAUGCUGCAGCGCAUCACGGCGCUCGUGAACGCCACCAUCGCCGCCAGUGCGGAGUGGGGCGCGCUGGGUGUGGUGCUGAGCGAGGGCGAGGUGGUGGCGCUGAUAGACGCGGGCGCGGCGCAGGGGGGGAAGAGCGGGCGGCACUGGGUGCUGGACCCCAUCGACGGCACCCGAGGGUUCAUGCGCGGCGACCAGUAUGCAGUCGCCCUGGGGCUGCUGGACGAGGGCGAGGUGGUGGUGGGCGUGCUGGGCUGUCCCAACCUGCCCUCCGCCUCCAUAGCGCGCGGGGUAGAGGCGGCCGUUGCCACCGGGCAGCCCGUGGGGUGCGUCUUUUCCGCUGUUAGGGGCCGCGGCACCACCGUGCAGGCUCUGGAUGGGUCCGUGCCUACCCAGCAUGUCCAUGUGAGCACGGAGAGCAACCCUGCAAGCGCCAUCUUCUGUGAAUCGUACGAGUCGCGCCACUCCAAGCACACGCUCACGGCAUCCAUCGCACAGGCCCUGGGCGUGGUGGCGCCUCCAGUGCGCAUAGACUCGCAGGCCAAGUACGGGGCCAUGGCGCGCGGGGAUGCCGCCAUCUACAUGCGCUUCCCUCUGGACGGCUACCGGGAGAAGAUCUGGGACCAUGCGGCUGGCAGCCUCGUCAUCUCCGAGGCGGGAGGGAAGGUAUGUGAUGCAGCAGGGCAGCCGCUUGACUUCUCUCGCGGCCGGUUCCUUGAUUUGGAUACGGGCAUCAUUGCUACCAAUGCCACACUCAUGCCUGUGCUCCUUUCCACAGUCCAAUCAGCGCUUAAAAGGGAAGCACCUUUGCAAAGUUAGUUUGUUUGGAACCUUGUAAGCUCACUGUCUAAGCGAAUCCUAAUUACCGUUUAUAAGGCGCUUGAAGGAUGCAUGUUUCAACUUUUUCACUACAGUUGA